UAAUCCGGCCCCUUCCUGCGCUGCUCCCUCCCUCCUCCUUCCCCUCGUGCGUGGGAAACAGGAGUCCGGAUUUCCCAGGAGCCAGAGUCGAGAAGUUUAGCUUCUGGGAAGAGGCGGAGGAUGGGUGGAAGCCCAGCCUGGUAGGCCUCAAAGAUCCCCAGCUGCUGAAUAGCUUCCUGUUUUCAGGAUUGCAGUUGUCUCUGUCUUCACCUGUAAUUAUUAUUUGUGUGUGGGGGGGAGACAUGAGGGCCUAAGAAGAGGGGAGACCAGCUGACAAACAUGGUCUGGGUCGGUCUCCAUUGAAGAACCAAAAGCCAGGAAUGAAAAUGGAAGAUCGAGACUCGGAAGGCCUCAAGUUGCUGGCAGAAUCGGAGGGCAAGGGGAAAGGCUCACAUGCCAUCCAGUUUGGGACCACACAAGGGCUGCUGGGAUGGGCCCCUCCUCAACAGGUCAAACAGGAGCCCGAGGAAGGAUUGUCCCGGUGCUGGGAGUUCCAGUCAGAAGACUUGCCAAAGGCUGGGCGGUCUCCUCAGUUGAGUCAAGGGAACCCAGAGACUUCAGACGACACGAAGAAGGUCCUAGCAUCUUUCAAAGGGGCUGCAGAAGCUGGACAGAGGUCUCGAGAAGAGGCCCCCCGGAAAUUUUUGGGCACCGAAAGAGGACGCUUCAAAGUGGCAAAAGAGGAGAUCCCUGAUGGCGAUGCCCUCAGCAGGGAGACGCACCGGCAGCGCUUCAGGGAGUUCCGCUACCAGGAGGCCGAGGGGCCCCGGGAGGCCUGUGGUCGCCUAUGGUACCUCUGUCACCGGUGGCUGAAGCCUGAGAGAUAUUCCAAAGAGCAGAUUUUAGAGCUACUGAUCCUGGAGCAGUUCCUGACCAUCCUGCCGCCAGAGCUCCAGAGCUGGGUGAGAGAAAACGGCCCUGAGACCUGCGCCCAAGCAGUGGGCUUGGCUGAGGAUUUCCUGCAGAUACAACAAGAAGCCAAGAGGCGGGAUCAAAAGCAUACACGGACAGAGGCUGACAUGGAGGGUUCUCAGCUGGCUGCGGAACACUUCCCAAUGGAGGAGUCCAUUCCAAGCCCUUUGGACGUUAACCUUCCCUCUCCAGAGCCCCGGCGCCGGAGGGAUGCUUGGUCCCGCAAGGAAACCAUCGCCUUCAUUGACAUCUGGAAAGCGGAAGACGUGCAGAUCGCUCUGGGGCAGCAGUACCGCAACAUGAAGCUGUUUGCGUGGAUCGCCGACCGGCUGCGGGAGCGAGGCUUCGAGCGCGAUGCGGAACAGUGCCGCAGCCGGGCCAAGGACCUCAAGAGGGGCUACAAGGAGAUCAAGUGCGGGAAUCUCCAUUCUGGUCGGGCCCCCAAGACCGCACCCUACUUCAAGCUCCUGGAGCAGUUCCUGUGCCUCCGGAAAGGCAUUGUCUGUGGCAAGGUGUGUGGUGCCGGUGUGGUGGAACGCCUGGACAAGCGGCGGAAACGGCUGCCUCUAAACCCCAUGGUGGCUACCAGAAUGGCACGAGAAGCCACCAAUCCCAUGCCAGAGGCUCAGGAGGCGGAGGCCCCAGAACGAUACAAUGCACUGACAGCAUCUUCCAAAGAGUUACGGAUGAUCACGGGUGACUCCACACCACAGCCUCCCAAAGUGUCCAAGGGCGCCAAUGCACAGAUGAUGGAAAAAGCAGAAACCCCUCUGAGGGAUAACCCUCCAUUGCCACUCCCCAAAGAAACUCCCGCUGAAGUCCAGGUGGUUGAUGCUGCAGAGGAGCACCGAAGGUUGCCCGUCAGCAAUGCUGAGCGCGUGCGCUACCGGCGAGAGCGCAACUGGAGGCAGCGCCUCGAGUCCACGCGGCGCCUGGCCGAGUCCUCUGCUUCCAAAGCCAAUUCCGACCUGGUGGAUACUCUCCGGCAGCUGCACCAGCAGGACCUGAGGGCGUUUGAAAACAAGCGGCAGGAGGAGAGGGCGGAAGACAAGCAGGAGAGGCGGCUGGAGAAGCAGGAACGCGAGGAGGACCGGGCGACCACCCACCGCAUGAUCGCUGCCAUUGAGAAGUCCCAUCAGACUCUGGCAGAUCUCAUGGGAAGGCAGACCUCCGCUAUGGAGACCAUCGCCACGGCGUUUUCAGCCCAGCGCUACCCCUCUCCCCGCCCCUUUCCAAGCUACAAUACGUACCUGGGGUUCAGCCCCCCCUGGUCCGCUCAGCAUUCUGUUCCCAACGCCUGUGAGAAGCAGGUCCACACGUCUAGCGGCAACAUGACGCCCUCGCAUUCUCCAGGCUGUGAUGAACCUGGGUUGCGUAUCCCCGUGGAGGCACAAAACGAUACCGGGCCCGACGAGGUUCUGUCUUUUGUCGGCCCGUCCUCUGGCUUCCACUCGGAUCCUGAUCCUUUCCCUCCUCUGCUGAUUCCCAGUCCUGGAGAUGUCCCCGAAUCCUCGCCUGCAGCCUUCAGGGCCAGUCCGAAGCGGAUUGUGAAGAGAAAAAAACUGUGACUGAGAGAGAAUUGGCUCUUGCGCUUUGAAUUCUGACCAAGUUUUUUUGCCCUCCCUUUACGAGCCAUUAGUUUCCCCCCCUCUCAAAUUAAAAUAUGUAAGUUUGUUGUUUCA